AAAGCUGCAAGGUUCUCUGACACGUCCAUAUCAUUAUAUUAUCUUACUCUUCUCUGUAUUACAUAUUUCUCUUAUGUCUUAAUUUGAACGUCAAAUAUUGUCGCUUUUAGCUAGUUCUGAUUCAGUUUUUCUUAAAUUCAAUCAGGUAAAAAUUUAUCAACAAUGGCCCAAAAUUUGACUCCAGCAAAAUAUUUAACAUUUUCCUGUUCAAAGAUUCCAUUAUUCGGUUCUCUCAUUGACUACAUCAGUACCAGUGCAGAGUAUAUGUUCCGAAAGACGUUUGCUAAAGCUGAAAAAUUGCAAGCAACAGCAACGAGGCAAACGUUGUCUGCUACGUUUGUUGCUUUUGUCUGCCUAACUUUGGGAAUGGUCAGUAACGUAAAAUUUGAGGUAGUAACGUUUGAUGAUGAACCUCUUCUAAAUGAUCUUCAUUUUAUUUUGUUAAGCAAGGAAGAUAAACUCUACAUUGACGAUAUUGAUGUUUCAAGAGUGAUGUGGUGUAUUGAAGCAUCUGAUGCUCUCGUGAUAUUAAUUAGCACACUGCUCGUAUGGAAUUCAUCAAGAACGCGCCCACCGCUUAGUGAAUACCUCUUCCUGCCCUGGCUGGGAGCCACCAUGCGUGGUCUAGUGCUCCGACAAGUACCAACAGCCGGAGCAUUGCUGUACACCAUGGCUGUGGUGAAUGGAAACAUCAACCCACUCUUCCUUACCGCGUUCUCGUUGUUGUUUUUGUUGGAAGCUCGCCUGUGGCUCGAGGUAGCUCGACUUGUUCGUCUGCGCUGGGAGAGAAGGAAGCACCUUGAGGUCAAUCAGCAGUCUCACCAGGAAGUGGAGACGCUAUGGAGCAAUGAUGACAUCCAGAGCGUGGAAGUUGGCAAUUAUGUUUACUGACAGACAUUUAUUUUUGUAUUUACCUUUUGUAAUUGUACGCUUUAUAUCUUUAUAUAAUUUAUACAAAUCUA